GUGGACCCCCCAGUCACACCCCCGUCCCCCAGCCUGAGAGCCUCGUGUCGGUCCAGGAACGACCACUCUCAGCCCUGUCGGCUCUAGGGCGAGCAGAGGAAAUGAGUCCACCAAAAAAAAGAGGAACAGAGAUCAUCUUUAAUGCUCUGGAGAAGGCCAAGAGAAAGUUUGGCAGCCCUUUGACCACACCCACCAUAGAGGACCAACCCCCACUCCCCCACAAAUCCCUCCCUGAGCUCCCACCAAUCGACUACAAUGACCAGGCCGGGGCGGGGCCCCCUACACCCCUGAAACCGUCCCUGGUCAACAGUGUGGACGUUAGGCAGGCGUUUCCUGUGUUGGAGAGGAUAGCAGGGGACGUGAUACCAGACCUGUUGGAGGCACCCCCUCCUCUCUCGAGGAGGUGCCUUCCGGAGGCCUCCACCCUGCGACCCCUGCAAGAGAAACCCCUCCGACUCCACUCCAUGAACCUGACUGCCCAUGCUGGGGAAAUUCCUGCUCCUCUAGAGUUCUCCGUAGCCGGUCCUGCUCUCGACGUUCCCGAGUUUGAGGAUGUAGGGUUGGAGCUUCUGAAAUUGGAAGCCCUAGAAAUCCAGCCUGCAGACUUGGUGGAGAUAGAGGGGUCAGAAUGGGGGAAUGGAGAAUAUGGUGACAACAUUCCAGAGACAGUGCUUCUAAAGCAGGAGAUUCUGGAAGAGGGGGAGGGGCUUCCAGAAUUCGAGGACCACAGAGUUCCAGAAUCAGAACCGGUGGUCGAGGUUCCAUUGGGGGUUCGGGUAGAGUUUAUCCAAGAAACUGUCCCUGCCUCCCCUUCCAGCCAGGACCCCCAGCCAGAGGCAAGAGCAGAGACAGAAGACGGCACCUCUGAGAGCUGUGACAAAGCCAAUGAAGACAUGCCCUCAGCCAAACAGAAGGUCAAGGGUCAACCCACCAAGAAGAAGAAGGAACCAAAGAACCCGUAUACUGAGACUCAGCCUCCGACUAAAGGAACAUCCAGGGGUGGCUGGUCUUUUAAGAGGCCUGCUCCGGAAAACCCAGAGGAGAAAGAUAUGAAGAAGAAAGAAAAACAACAUCUGGAGAAGGAGAAGAAAGAGCAGAAAGAGAGAGAGAAGAAGGAGCAGAAAGAGAGAGAGAAGAAGGAGCAGAAAGAGAGAGAGAAGAAAGACAAUGAGAUGAAGAAGUUUAAGAUAACAGGGCAGGAGGAGGCUAUCUAUCAGGCUACAGUGACGGUGGCAUCUAAAGGACGUAAGGACGACCUGGCUGUGAAGAAUAGGGACAUCGUCAGCAUCAUACGGACCACAAACUGCCCCAAAGGAAAAUGGCUAGCCAGGGACAGCACUAAUACAUAUGGGUACAUCUCACUGAGCCAGGUGGAGCUGGACAUUAAGGAGAUGUUGGAGCUGGGGAAGAAGGCUUCUCAUGCCAUCAGCCAUAAGGACAGCAGUACUGUGGUAGAACAGGGAGGAGAGCUGGCCAGGAUGGGCAACAGGACUUCCAAUCACUACCCACUACAGGACGAUACAGGCAGCUUUACAGACGACAGUGAGGAGUGGAUGAAUGAUGACGAUGAACCUCUCUCCUACCCCAUGGAGGAAGAUCCUACAGAGAGUGGCCACAUCCAAACAAUCUCCAUGACGGGAAGCAGAGAGCUUAGCAUCCACCACAAACAAACACAGAAUUACACCACCAUAGAUGGAAUGGAUAUGCAGGUGAAACAUGAAGCACUUCAGAAGCUGGCCACUUUCUUCCACAAACCUGUUGUAGAGGAACCCAUCAGGAGACCUGAAGAACCUGAACCAAUCAGCCCCGUGGAGAUAGAAGAACCUGUGUACCCAUGUAAAGUGGAAGCAGAUUUGGAGCUGCCAGACAUGAUGAUUCUUUCUCCUCCUGGCCCGUUUGCAGACGACAAUCAAUGACACUUAGUAGACUACCAACUACAGUUGGAGAGCAGAGGAACAACGGCAACAUGGUAUGUUGUCGAGUGCCAGUCAUCUCCAUGACAAUCACUCAGAUAACGGAGACAUGAAGGAUCGUUAUUUGGACAACCUGCAAUUGGAUGGACUAUUUCUCUGUUCUAAUAUUGUUUAGGCCAGGAUUCAACCCGAGAGCUCUAGUCAACAAUGCAGAUUAAGGCAAUGUUACCGUCUUUGCGGAGACCUCAUUCAAGAUAAAUGCUGCAAUGUCGACUCAAUUGGAAAUGAUCUUUAAAAUGUCAAUAACGCUAUAGGGUUUCAGAUUGAAUCUCUUGUUUUGAUGUCCAUCCAGGGUUAUGGAGGAUGAGAUGAAGGAUACAGACAGAGCAGUUCUGUUUAUACUAACUCUUCAAUAGUUUUAUACAAAGACAAUUAUGGGAUACCAUGCAUAGUGUAAUGUUUGUUUACAGGUGUUUGUGUUUGGCUAGAUGACAGUCUGUAUCCAGCUACUGUCGGUGUCUAAAAUGACAGCCUAUUCCCCAUGUAGUGCACUAACUUUGACCUAAGUGACACAGGGUUAACCACAUAGGGCUCUGGUGAAAAGUAGUGCACUAACUUUGACCUAAGUGACACAGGGUUAACCACAUAGGGCUCUGGUGAAAAGUAGUGCACUAACUUUGACCUAAGUGACACAGGGUUAACCACAUAGGGCUCUGGUGAAAAGUAGUGCACUACACAGGGAAAAGGAUGCUUGCCAUACUGUAUGAGAUGUCUGGUUUAUAUUCCCUGUGUAUUUCCCAUUAAGUAUUAGAGAGAGAGGGAAGUAAUUUGAUGAUGUAACCUUUAGUUGAAGUCCCGUUCAUUUAGCUACCAGCUCUGCUAGUUGUGAUCUGGCGAUUCAAUAAAAAACACAAAUCAAUCAGUGGUCUAGUGUAUAGGUCAGUUUAAUUGUGUUUGACAAUAAAUACUCAGUAAAGUGCAAAUCAGAACAGCAACGCCAUGCAAUGCAUAGAACACAGAAAAGCCCACCUCAGACGGAGAGGAAGAGGUACAUUCCGCUCUCACGCACACACAGACAGAAGAGAAGAACACUUUGGUUCCAGAAGUCUGGAUACGGUGACAACACACCUUAACCCUUGGAAAGAGGUACACCUUACACUGACAAAGUGGGUGUGUAUUACUUGAAGUAGUAUGUGUGUGUAAAUAACAGAAUAUAGGGUCAUUGCUGUGAGUAAUUGCAUGAGUGUAGCAGCAGGAAGGAGAGUUUCUCCCUGACCUUGUAGCAGCUAUAGUCAGA